GCGGCCUCUCGCGCACACAAACCCCGACGUCGCCGUCUGCGCGUCACGACGCCACGUGCGCUGAAGCCCCGCCCCAGCCCCUCCUAUUGGCCUCCGGCCUUAGCGGCUCUCCCCCAAGGAGCUGCAGAACGAGCUUCUACCUCCCCCACCAGAAAGGAGGCUGCCGGAGACCCUAGGACAUCUGAGCAGAAUCAUGAGCUACUGAGGGUGAAGAGAGGAGGACAGGAAGAGAGUAGCAGAAACCAGAGAUUCUGGGGCACCAGCACAGCCCCAGACACAGCCUCAACAAUUGCAACCACUGGCCCUGUGAGCAUCGACUUGAGGGGAGCCUGGGAGGAACCAUCACUGAGGCCUCCUCUCCCCUCUUGAGGCCGCUGAAUAACAGCCUCCCAAGGAUGCCCAGGUCCUAGACCCUGGAACCUGUGACUAUGUCACCUUACAUGGAAAGAGGGCGUUGCAGAUGUGAUUGCGCUCAGGACCUCAGGCAGAGGAGAUGAUGCUGGUUAUCUGGGGGGCUCCAAAUAUAAUCCUCAUAAGACGGAGACAGAAGGCAGAGUCAGAGAAUGAGACAGGAUGAUGGAAGCGGACGCGGAGGAUGGGGCCACGAACUACGGAAUUUGGGGGACCUCUAAAAGGUGGGAGAAGCAAGGGCACAGAUUCUCCCUUUGUGUCUCCGAAGAAACACCUUGAUUUUAGCCGUACGACCCACUUUGGACUCCUGGCCUCCAGAACUGCGAGAGAAAAAAUGAGUAGGUUUUACGCCAUUAGGUUUCCGGUCAUGUGUCACAACAGCCGUAGAACAUGUACACACCUCCAGACGCAGAUCCCCAGUGCAGCCCCUCAGAGCAACAUCCACGUGCUCGCUCCCACCAGACCAGCCAGCCUAUGCGGCCAACCUGCCCAGAGACAAGAGGACCCCACUCCACUCCCAGCCCUGGGAGUGAGCCCCUCCACCUGCCAACCCUGGCAGUUCUCUACCUCCCCAAACACCAGGUGCCCCCCCCCACGCCUCUGUGAAAUGCUUUGAGGGAAACCAAGCCCACGUUUUCUCUUCUCUUUCACCAGUCAGGCUGUGCCCAUAACAGCCCCCAAUGACAUCCACCUGAGAAACCAGGCCCAGCCCACAGGUGCCCUGCUCCCUCCCCUGCUCACUGGGCAUGAAAUGCAGGGUUUGGGGGUCACCCCCACCAGAAGCUAAUUCCUCCUGCUGGCUGGAGACCUUGUGUAUGGCAAGCUCCUCUCUGAGCCUCAGUUUCCCCAGGAUGCUGGGCCUGGAGCAGAGGGAGGCAGGAAGGCACCAGCAGGUAUAUCUGCAGGUGGGCGGUGUAUGAGCCACAGCUCAAGGCUCCUGUGUGUCUCCCGCUCCCUCCCAUCCUGCACCGAAGCCUCCCAAUGUCCUCCUCCCCUUCCCCCGCCCCCUCCAAUUAAGGGUCCUCAAUGCUAACUGCUGCGGUUGACUCUUUGACUCAGCUCCUGGCAUUGCCUCCCUGCUGAGGCCUUUGUCACCUUAAUUGGCCAUCUCCAGGUGCUUUUCUCUGCCUCCCCCAACCUACACCAUCCUGCCCCAUAUCCCAGGUCCAACUAUGUGCUAAUUGGGUCCCUGGGGGGCGCACAGAAAGUCCUCUCUCCUGCCCGCCCCCUUGCCUUCCUAUAUCAGCCCCCACCUACUGUUCCUCAAACCUCCGGGUCUAGCACCCGGGAGGGAUGCCUGGUCCUACUUCCCUGGGCCCUACCUCCCGCAGCCCAGCCUGUGCCCUCACCUCCAGAGCCCAUCCACCCCUUGCAAAAACCAUCCUUCCUCGUCCCCUUCCCCAGCCCUGAGCCCCCAGCCCUGGUUGCCCCUCUCUCCUCACAGAUUUGGAGGAGUGCUUUCUGAUCAGCAGGAAUAUUGUGGAAAGUUACCCCUAGAUCACCCCAGACAUGCAUCCCGGGGCUCCUGCGGCCCCUGGAGUAUCCGAGCCCAGCCCCCGGGAACUGUGUGCCUUCGUAAGUGGGGCGGCUGCCCACGUGCUGCGCGCCCUGCACCCACGGCGGACCAGGCCCCCCAAAAGGAAGCCCAACCACAGGAGGUUCUUGCACAACCAGAUAUGCAGGCAGUUUGCCAAGAUUGAAGCUGCCACCCAGCGCCUGGCCCUGUCCAUCCUGUCCCAGGAGGCGCCUCCCCAAAGACCACCGCCCCAAAGGCCGCCCCUGCCGCCUCCAUCACCCUUCCUGGGGGUGGCCCGUGCUGUGGCCCCCACAGAGGCACCCCAUGCCAGCCCCAGCCUGAACCCAACUGCCCUGGAUGCCUCCACCCUCGACCUCUUUGAUGACAUUGCACUCACCCCAGAGUGUCUCUCAGUGCCAUAUGACCUGUCCCAGCUGUCCCUCAGCCAGGGCCCACAUUUCUAUGAUCCCCUGCCCUUGACCCCAUAUGCCUUGAGGGGAGGAGACAAACUCUUGCCUCCUGAGGGGAACUGGGUGGGCAGGUGGGAGGUGACUUGUGACUGCCAUUCUCACAGGAUCCCUGAGGGCUGGGGGACCUGCCCCCCAUGACACCCAAUCACAACCCAGCCCAGGCCCUGGGAAAAACCAGAGGCCCCCCCAUGACAGCUCUCCAGCCCUCUGCCCCCCAGGAUGCCCCGUCCCCACCUGGUAACCCCUAGAAAAAUGACCCGGAUUCCCAGCUUAGACCACAGCCUCACCUCUGCCUCUUCCAGGGGACCCCCACUCUCUCCUUCCCCCACCUUCUCCCUACCCCGCCCCAUCACUUCAGAGUCCUCAUUCUGGCUCCCUCUCACCUUGGUUCACCUCUGCCUAAUGUCUGGUCUGGUCUUAUAUAUUC